AGUAUUUGCAGGUCGCUGCCGACAAUCAUUCGCACUUGUCUCCUCAACAAUUCAAACCGUCAGCAUGAGAGAAACUAAAGCAGAUGCUGUUGCUCAAGAAGCACGUAUGUCGCUCCUGAUUGAGCCAGAAAAUGUGAAGACCGACAAGCCGGUGGAGUCCUUCCGCGACUACACGAUCGACGACACGGAUCCCAUUAGACAACGGGUCCGCAGGACGUACUAUGCUAUGCACACUAACAUGACCGUUGAUUUUGUUAAGGCAAAAAUGGAGAAAUGGUUAAAGUUCAACCACUUCAAAGCCACCAUGAAGGAGGCUCUAUACCUCAUGAACCAGCUCGUAGACGAAUCGGACCCGGACCUGGACCUGCCAAACAUCGUCCACGCUUUCCAGACCGCUGAGAGGAUCCGGGAGGACCAUCCUAACGAGGAGUGGUUCCAGUUUGUCGGACUCAUUCAUGAUGUUGGAAAGGUGAUGGCUCUAUACGACGAGCCUCAAUGGUGUGUGGUCGGAGAGACCUUCCCGGUCGGCUGCAAGCGCGACAAACACAUUGUGUAUGGAGAUGACAGCUUCAAAGACAAUCCUGAUACAUACAACCCUAAAUACAAUUCUCUCUACGGAAUGUAUGAGCCGAAAUGUGGUAUUGAAAAACUGAUGAUGUCCUGGGGUCACGAUGAAUACCUGUACCAUGUACUGAAGCAUAACAACGCCAAGAUACCCGAAGAAGGUCUUGCUAUGAUCAGAUACCACUCCUUCUAUCCAUGGUACGGUUGCCAUGACUACUCACACUUUAUGACGAAAGAGGACGAAAAACUCAAGGAAACUGUUUUAAGACUAACGAAAUACGACUUGUACAGUAAGAGUGCUAAAGUUCCCGACAUCGAUGCUCUUUGGCCCUACUACGAAGGCCUUAUCGAGAAGUUCUGCCCCGGCGUCCUUGAAUGGUAAUCCGAUUUCCUGCCCAUGUGUUAUCGAAGUGAUAAAUUGUUUUAUAUUAUUGUUAAGUUGUGUAUAGCAUACUUAAAGGUUAUCGUGUAGUUAUUGUGGUUAUGGUUUAAGUUAAAUAAAGCGUCUGUUGUUA